AUUAUUGUCAAUCGGCUUUUGAAGGCAGGGCGCUCUAAAUAUGUAGCCAUGCAUACAAAUUAACUCGUUAUCAGGUCAACAAAUCUACCACGGCCAAUAUACAGGGAUGAUUAAGUACUGAUUGAAAUACUGGGCCUUUAAUCGCUAAGGCGAUGACAUCGGUUGUUGCAAAAACCAAUCACAUAGCUCGAAUUAUCUAUCUAUUUACAUACGCUGGUAAAAUCGGAAAAAGUGGUUAGUUCCUUCGAUUUUGAGGCCGAAACUUUACUGGUGAACCGACGUUGUUUUGACGCUUAAAGGUUAAAUCUUAUUCCGUCUGGAAGCUGGAGGAACAGCUGAGGACAUGAGAGAAGCUCAUGAUAUGCAAACGGAGCAAUUCGUCUGACAGGCUCCCAUUCCGGAGCAAGCGUCUUUUUCUUUUCCUUCUGACAUCUUCAGCAUUUUUAACAUAUAUUCUCUACGGGAACGUGCACAGGAGUAGCCAUACAGUAAAGUUCACUCCCUUCAAUGGCUUAAAAAAUGAGAACAACCACUCGAUCUUAACGCGUGUGAGGUCAGGGGCAACGAAACGACCACUUCGACAAUCGAAUCAUUUGGAACACGUGGCAUUUGGAGUGUCGUCGGAUUUCAAAACAAAAUUAAAUCCGACCAGAACUUCAGACGAAUUGAGAAAAUUUUCAUCAAAGCUGUUCCAAGAACGCAUUAAACAUCGAUCUCCGGAAGACUCUGCAUCCCGCAGUCGGCUUAACUCUCGCAUCAAGUACACUAGCAACGUUAGCGGUGUUGACAAGAGCUUGAAUUAUUCCUCUAGUCGAGGCGAUCGGAAACGUUUGUUGAAUUUUAGGAGUCAAAGUGGACGAAUUGAAGAUAGUGAAGAUAGCGACGUUUCUGAGUUUGAGCUUGAAGAUGACGAAUUUAAGAAACGACUCCCGAACGCCAUAAUUAUAGGUGUAAAGAAAGGAGGAACACGCGCGCUGCUUGAAAUCUUAAAGAUUCAUCCGAGUAUCAGAGCGUGUAGCAGUGAAGUGCACUUCUUCGAUCGAGAUGAAAAUUACGAACAAGGACUCAGCUGGUAUCGAGAACAAAUGCCUAAGUCAUUGCCGGAGCAGAUCACGAUUGAGAAAUCCCCAAGUUACUUUAUAACUUCGAAGGUACCUGAGAGAGUAUAUCGAAUGUCUGAAACUAUUAAACUCAUCGUGAUUGUACGCGACCCCACAACACGAGCCAUAUCGGAUUAUACCCAAGGGUUAGAGAGAAAACCCGAUAACCCACGUUUUGAAGAAAUGGUUUUUAACGAGGAAGGCGAAGUGGACGAAAGCUGGAGCAAAAUCUCCAUUGGCCGCUAUGCCGAGCACUUAGCGAAGUGGAUGGAAUAUUUCCCUUUGAGGCAAUUCCAUUUUGUUAGCGGAGAGGAACUUGUCAAAAGACCCGCUAAAGAAUUGAAACUCGUUGAACGAUUUCUAAAUAUAAAACCUUUCAUCAGGGAGGAUAAUUUCUAUUUUAACGAAAGUAAAGGAUUUCCGUGUUUUGUCGGUAAAAUCUCAAACGCUGGGAACGUGAACAAAGCACACUGCAUGGGCGAAUCGAAAGGCAGAAAGCAUCCCGCUGUUCACGAGGACGUUUUACUAAAGUUACGGGGAUAUUUUGACCCAUUAAAUAAAAAAUUGUAUUCGAUGGUGCAUCGAAAUUUUCACUGGUGAACGACGGCAAGAGAAAAAUUUGAAAUCUGCGUAGGCCUCUGAGUUGUCGAGGUAUUUGACGUUGAAUAAUGUUUGCUUUGCGAUCGAUCUUAUCAUUCCAUCUACACCAUACACAAACAUUCGAGAUGGAUUACUCACUAGAAUCCACACAUUAAAUUAAGAGACUCAACAAAUUAAGCGUCACACGGAGGUACGACAGGAACAGAAACAAAACAAUUUUCCUUCAAUACCUUUUACGCGCGUUAUCGAACUUGGCAACUGGCGUAAUUAUUUAUUCAUCUAAUUAAUAUUUAUUCUCCCUUGUGGUCUAAGAUACAGUGUGAUUGGGAGCCACAGUCGCCAAAAUAUUUUUAAAAUAUUAUUUCAAAGAAGUGGCCGUUUGUCUGUGGAGGUUGAGAAGCUUUCGUUGGCAUAAACUCCACGGAGAUGAAAGAUACGAAUAUUCUUUUCCAUAUUUUAUACUUUAUCUUUAUUAGGAAAUUAUGUAAAAUUGUGUAAUUGUGUCCUUCUUAGCAUAUUAUGUCUGUCUGUUUGGUAUAGUUCAAAACUUUUUUAUUUCAAAACAUUUUUAGUCCAAUUGAAUUUUUCUAGGGAUAAAGCAGCUACAAUAUAUAUCUCUCUGCUCUGAGAUAUACCAACAGAUUGAUCAAUUCUAGGCUCAAUUAUUUAACAUCACAUGAACAAAGGGAUUAAUAUUACAAAUGUUAGUUGGUUGAUAAUUUAAUGAAUAAAGGGGUAAGUUUCUAAAGAAACUGUGGUGCUGCAUCGGUGGGAGAGUAUAGCAGGUAAUUUAGUGUUAACAACUGGGUUGAAAACGUAAAUUAGCCACCGUAAAGGGUAAAAAAGCUGACAUUUCGAGCAUUAGCCCUUCAUCAAUCGCUCUGACGAAGGGCUAACGCUCGAAACGUCAGCUUUUUUACCCUUUAUGGAGGCUAAUUUACGUUUUCAACCCAGGUGUUAACACCAAAUUACCUGAUAAUUUAAUGGCCAAUUUGUUGCAAAUACCUAAUCAAUGUAAGAGUGUGAAGUUCAGUGCAAUCAAUGAUCCUCUAUCAAAUAAUUUUACCCUAUGAAUUCGUUACGUCUAUUUACAUAACACCAUCAACAAUGUGCUAUGCAAUUUAGUACUGUAAUUUCAAUAAUUGUGCCAUAAAUCGUGGUAUUGAACAAAUAUUGUAUAUACACAAGUAUAUUUGACAAAAUUUAAACAUAGAAUGUAUUAUUUUUUUUUCAAGAGAAUGAAAAUGUACUUAUUCAUUUGCAUUGUGUCUGCUUCGUGGUUAUUCUCUCAUCAGUGCCAUUCUUAUAGGAAUAUUACUGUAUAACUUAAAAGAUUGCAAGUUCAAGUCUCAGAACUGCAAACCACAGAAUCUGAAUUUAAAUCUAAACUUUUUGAAAUAGUAAGCACUUU